UGUUGCUGACGCUACAUCAAUCUCUGACGUCAACACGUCAAAGUUAACAUUUAACCUAAGAAUUCUAUUUUCCGAUCACAACAAAUAUGUUAAUGUUAAGUUGUUACGUGUACUUUGCAUAAAACUGAUAAAAAAUACGUGUAUUGCUUUCUUCAAUACUGCAGAUUAUCCCUGAAUCUUAAAAUGUCCCGCCACAGAACUUUAUUUAUAGCGUGUUUAGUAAUAUUUAUCGGAAGUGCAUUUUUUGUAACAGCUCACGGUCAUGAUCAUUCCCACGACGAGCCACCGUCCUUCAAGUACUCUAAGCAAGCCAACGAAAAAUUGGCCCAAGAUCAACAUCAUGGCCAUAGUCAUAGUGAACAUGACCAUAUUGGAACACAUGGACAUGCUCAUGAACACCAUUCGACGUCUUCAGCAGCUAAGGAAAUAAUGACGUUGCAAGAGAUUUGGAUCCAUGCUAUGGCUUCGACUUUGCUUAUCAGUGCUGCCCCAUUUUUCAUUUUAUUCUUUGUACCUGUUGAUAGCACAGACACUGAACAACCUUUGCUGAAAGUUUUGCUGGCCUUUGCCUCAGGUGGCCUUCUUGGUGAUGCAUUCCUGCAUUUGAUUCCACAUGCAGCAAUGGCAAUAGAAGGUGAAGAGCAUUCCCAUUCCCAUUCACACUCCCAUGGUGGAGCAGAGCCUCAUGGUCCUCAUGACAUGUCUGUGGGAUUGUGGGUACUUGGUGGGAUCUUAGCCUUCUUAGUUGUUGAAAAAGGAGUGAGGAUUCUCAAAGGCAACCAUGGACAUUCCCAUCAGCCAGUUAAAGUUGUGCAGAAACAGGUAGUAGAAAAGAAGAAAGUGAAAGCAAAAGACGGAGAUGAUACAAUAGAAGAAGUGAAAGAAGAAAUUACAACAGAAGUAGUAAAAGAAAUCAAAGUUGCUGGUUAUUUGAAUCUGGCUGCUGAUUUUAGUCAUAAUUUCACUGAUGGUUUGGCUAUUGGGUCAUCGUACUUAGCUGGAAAUACCAUAGGUAUUGUAACUACUAUUACAAUUUUGCUACAUGAAGUUCCUCAUGAGAUUGGUGAUUUCGCGAUCCUACUUCAGUCUGGAGUGUCUAGAAAAAAUGCAAUGCUUCUUCAACUUACAACUGCACUGGGAGCUGUAGCAGGUACCGCCCUAUCCCUCUUAGCCCAAAAUAGCUCAGGCGCAAUGGCCGCCACUUGGAUCUUGCCUUUCACUGCUGGCGGUUUUAUCUACAUCGCCCUCGUGUCUGUGAUUCCCGAACUCUUGGACGAAGAAAAGCCAAGCGUGAUACAGACGUUCCUUCAAGUUGCCGCCAUGCUUGCCGGCGUUGGGAUGAUGGUACUGAUUGCGGAGUUUGAAUGAUUUGGUACUUACUUUAUGUAAAUAGUCUUGAGGUUUAUUAGGCAUCACCUGAUGAUAAUUUGUGAUCACUAUCUAAGGUAUAGAUAGUAUCUUCGGUGAAUUGAUGUAUUAAAGGACCGUCACUAAUACUAUUGAUUGAAGAUCCUAGUGCCAUCUAUGGGACAGAUGCAGAGCCAAACACACUUUAUUCAGCAUAGAUGCCUAAAUUCAUUUUUGUGUUCUGCUAUUCUUCCAUAGAUGGGACAAGUAUUUUUUAGAUCCUGUUUUGGAUGCUGGAUGUGUUAAUCAACGCUAAUAGGACUCAUAAGUUAUUUCGAAUGAUGAGACUUAGUAUAUUAGUAUUUUCAGUUUUAUGUGGGCAUAGAUAUGGAAUAUUGUCUUGAAUCACAAUGUUUAAGUUAAGGACCUUCUGUUGAAUAUUUUUUUGAAUCCGUAAUUAUUGUUUUCGUCAAUAUUCAGGUGUUGCUGUAAAUUCUCAUCAUAACCUUUAAUUUGAUAGAUUCCUUUAAGUGUGUUAAGUCUUGUAUGUUUUUGGUAAAAACAUAUUUAUUGCAUUUAAAAAAGUUCAUUAUACAACAUACAUAUAAUAUCUAUAUAUUUUUAUAAAAUACAACAAUAAUUUAUUUUCUCCUAAAAGGAGACUGAUGACUAAAUAAAAACC